UGGUUUUGUAUAAAAAUGCGUAGGAUGGUCCUUCAAACCAUCAGUAGCCUUUGGGAGCUCCAUUUCUCUUGUUGGAAAACAACUUCAUCCAUUUCAAUACAAUGGCCUUCUCUACCAGAACUAUCACCGCUCUCCUCCUAGUCUCUCUGCUAGCAGCAGUGACCGCCUUCCCACGCGCUGACCCGCCACCAGCCGGAGGGGACUCAGGAUCAUCCGGAUCCUCAGGAUCAUCCUCCUCAUCAGGAUCCUCAGGAGGAUCAGGAGGCGAGUGCAGCCAGAAGAAGGUGUGCACAGGCUCGCUGGCCAAGAUCGACAUCAAUGCCAGGAUUGGCACUGGAAUCUGUCUGCUCGACUCGCUCACCAAGAAGCUGCUCUUCUUCAAGAACCGCUGCGCCAGCAAAGUGGCUCAGUGCAGCAACAAGUCCACCAAAUACACUGAAGUCGACAGCAACAAGUGUGGAGCAUAAUAUGGAUAUCGAGACAAAACAAUAUAGAAAUGAAGAAAUGUGAUGUGAAAAUAAAAAUGAAUAAAAGCGUUUGAAAACUA